AUGAACAGCUCUCCCUUCCUCUCUACCCACUCUCUAUUUACUGCAUCUCUUCUUUUAAACAGCUCUCUUCUUCUCCCCCUCUCUCACUCAUUCUCUCUCUUUCUAUUCACUGCAUCUAUCUCUUCUUUUAAACAGCUCUCUUCUUCUCCCCCUCUCUCACUCAUUCUCUCUCUUUCUAUUCACUCUCUAUUCACUGCAUCUAUCUCUUCUUUUAAACAGCUCUCUUCUUCUCCCCCUCUCUCCUCAUUCUCUCUCUCUUUCUAUUCACUGUAUAUAUCUCUUCUUUUAAACAGCUCUCUUCUUCUCCCCCUCUCUCCUCAUUUCUCUCUCUUUCUAUUCACUGCAUCUAUCUCUUCUUUUAAACAGCUCUCUUCUUCUCCCCUCUCUCUCUCAUUCUCUCUCUCUUUCUAUUCCCUGUAUCUAUCUCUUCUUUUUCUAUUCAGCUCUCUUCUUCUCUUCCCCCUCUCUCCUCAUUCUCUCUCUCUUUCUAUUCACUCUCUCUUCUUCUGCAUCCCCCCUCUCCUCCCCAUUCUCUCUCUCUUUCUAUUCACUGCAUCUAUCUCUUCUUUUAAACAGCUCUCUUCUUCUCCCCUCUCUCAUUCAUUCUCUCUCUUUCUAUUCACUGUAUCUAUCUCUUCUUUUAAACAGCUCUCUUCUUCUCCCCUCUCUCACUCAUUCUCUCUCUCUUUCUAUUCACUGCAUCUAUCUCUUCUUUUUAAACAGCUCUCUUCUUCUCCCCCUCUCUCUCUCAUUCUCUCUCUCUUUCUAUUCACUGCAUCUAUCUCUUCUUUUAAACAGCUCUCUUCUUCUCCCCUCUCUCACUCAUUCUCUCUCUUUCUAUUCACUGCAUCUAUCUCUUCUUUUAAACAGCUCUCUUCUUCUCUCUCCCCUCUCUCUAUCUCUUCUUUUUCUCUCUCUCUUUCUAUUCCUGCAUCUAUCUCUUCUUUUAAACAGCUCUCUUCUUCUCCCCCUCUCUCACUCAUUCUCUCUCUCUUUCUAUUCACUGCAUCUAUCUCUUCUUUUAAACAGCUCUCUUCUUCUCCCCCUCUCUCACUCAUUCUCUCUCUCUUUCUAUUCACUGCAUCUAUCUCUUCUUUUAAACAGCUCUCUUCUUCUCCCCCUCUCUCACUCAUUCUCUCUCUCUUUCUAUUCACUCUCUCUUCUUCUCCCCCCUCUCUCCUCAUUCUCUCUCUCUUUCUAUUCCUGCAUCUAUCUCUUCUUUUAAACAGCUCUCUUCUUCUCCCCCUCUCUCCUCAUUUCUCUCUCUUUCUAUUCACUGCAUCUAUCUCUUCUUUUAAACAGCUCUCUUCUCUCCCCUCUCUCCUCAUUUCUCUCUCUUUCUAUUCACUGCAUCUAUCUCUUCUUUUAAACAGCUCUCUUCUUCUCCCCCCUCUCUCACUCAUUCUCUCUCUCUUUCUAUUCACUCUCUCUUCUUCUCCCCUCUCUCACUCAUUCUCUCUCUCUUUCUAUUCACUCUCUCUUCUUCUCCCCUCUCUCUCACUCAUUCUCUCUCUCUUUCUAUUCCUGCAUCUAUCUCUUCUUUUAAACAGCUCUCUUCUUCUCCCCUCUCUCCUCAUUUCUCUCUCUCUUUCUAUUCCUGCAUCUAUCUCUUCUUUUAAACAGCUCUCUUCUUCCCCUCUCUCCUCAUUCUCUCUCUUUCUAUUCACUGCAUCUAUCUCUUCUUUUCAGCUCUCUUCUCCCCCUCUCUCACUCAUUCUCUCUCUCUUUCUAUUCACUGCAUCUAUCUCUUCUUUUAAACAGCUCUCUUCUUCUCCCCCCCUCUCCCAUUCUCUCUCUCUUUCUAUUCCUGCAUCUAUCUCUUUUAAACAGCUCUCUUCUUCUCCCCUCUCUCCUCAUUCUCUCUCUUUCUAUUCACUCUCUCUUCUUCUCCCCCUCUCUCACUCAUUCUCUCUCUCUUUCUAUUCACUGCAUCUAUCUCUUCUUUUAAACAGCUCUCUUCUUCUCCCCCUCUCUCACUCAUUCUCUCUCUUUCUAUUCACUGCAUCUAUCUCUUCUUUAAACAACUCUCUUCUUCUCCCCUCUCUCACUCAUUCUCUCUCUCUUUCUAUUCCUGCAUCUAUCUCUUCUUUUAAACAGCUCUCUUCUUCUCCCCUCUCUCACUCAUUCUCUCUCUUUCUAUUCACUGCAUCUAUCUCUUCUUUUAAACAGCUCUCUUCUUCUCCCCCCCUCUCUCCUCAUUCUCUCUCUUUCUAUUCACUGCAUCUAUCUCUUCUUUUAAACAGCUCUCUUCUUCUCCCCCUCUCUCACUUAUUCUCUCUCUUUCUAUUCACUGUAUCUAUCUCUUCUUUUAAACAGCUCUCUUCUUCUCCCCCUCUCUCACUCAUUCUCUCUCUUUCUAUUCACUGCAUCUAUCUCUUCUUUUAA